AUGAGAAUUGCUGGAUAUGGUCGUGCGUUUAAAAGGACUUCUGCGCCACGGAGUGCGAAUGAAGAUCCUAAAGAUAAAGAGUUACCCCAAGAAGUGGAGAGAAUAAUGUUGGAAUUUGACAGACAAGCUCGUGAAGGUGGGGAGAGAUUGUCUUGGUGCGCACAGGAGCAGUACCCAGAGGAUGCUGGCCUAUGGCGCGCAUCACCAAUAGCACAAGCCGGUAAUAUCCGAGCGGCACAACUUAAAAUGUCCAAUGGACACAUUUGGGAAAGACCAUUGAACUACCUCUACUCCUUAGAGCUGAGCAUCAGUCAAAACAAACAGUACCAAGUCGUGGACCCAAAUAUCGAACUAGAAGAUGACGAAGAUGAAGAAAAAUUAUCCAUCUGUCCUCGAUUCGGCGGAAGGAAAAAGAUACCAAAGAGCUAG